CAGGAGUGGCAGUGCCAGGCUGGGGCGGGAGGGCUCGGCACAGGCUCCCAGGGCUGGGGAUGGCGGGGGGAGCCCCAGUGCUUCUCUCCAUCACCCCUUCCAGCACCACGUGGGACGCUCAGCUGGACAGGGACAGUAGGAAAUGCUCGACCACAGGGCCUGGGCUCCACUGGGAAUGAUUGAGGAAUUCCCUGAGCUCACAGUUCCCUGUGCUGGAGACCCCAGGCAGGUCUCAAGGACCAUUGCCUGAGCCAGGGGAGGUUUGGGGUGCUGAGCAGCCCUCAGCAGAGUUUGUCCCUGGCACCCCCAGACUGAGCCCAUCCUGCUGCAAGUCCUGGUCCCACCACCCUCUUCCCUGGGUAAACUGCAGGGUACAGAUGGGGGCAUGGACAGAGGGCUCUGAGCAAGGUCCCCAGCGUGUCCUCAGGGGCAGAUUUUAACCUGCUGAGUUUCCCUCCCAAGGCAGCAGACAACCCAGCUGAUGAUGGCUUCCGAGCACCAAAUGCCAGCCUCCAAGCAGCAGCAAGCCAGCUCCAAGAUUGCCAUCUUCGAGCAGGAGAACUUCCAGGGCCGCUGCCAUGAGCUCAGCGGGGCCUGCCCCAACCUGAAGGAAGCCGGCGUGGACAAAGUGGGCUCCAUCCUGGUGCACUCCGGACCCUGGGUGGGCUACGAGCAGGCAAGCUGCAAAGGGGAGCAGUUUGUGUUUGAGAAGGGGGAGUACCCCCGCUGGGACUCCUGGACCAACAGCCGGAGAAGCGACAGCAUCACUUCCCUGAGACCCAUCAAAGUGGACAGCCAGGAGCACAAGAUCGUGCUGUACGAAAACCCCAGCUUCACCGGCAAGAAGAUCGAAAUCAUAGACGACGAUGUGCCCAGCUUCCACGCACACGGCUACCAGGAGAAGGUCUCAUCCGUGCGGGUGCAGAGCGGCACGUGGGUGGGAUACCAGUACCCUGGCUACCGGGGCUACCAGUACCUGUUUGAAAAGGGGGACUACAAGGACAGCUCAGACUUCGGCGCUCAGCACCCCCAGAUCCAGUCGGUCAGGCGCAUCCGGGACAUGCAGUGGCACCAGCGCGGUGCCUACCACCCCACCAACUAAAGCCCCCGGCCCGUGCCGGGGCGCGGGGAGCGGAGCAAGCGUUCCCCCGGCCGCCGCUGUGCCCCCGCGGCCUCGCCUCUCGCCUCCCCCCGUGUGAUGCCCGCGCUGCCGAAGCAACUCAAUAAAGCUUGGAGUUUCAAAGUCCCA